UGGAGGAGUUAAAAAUCAUCAUCGAUUACUCUCAGUAAUGAACUUCAAUUCAAUUCUCUACAAAGAAAUACUUACAAAAACAACAUGGACUUUGAAGAUGAUGUUCAAGUGGAGCUACCGCACUAUGCCCGGAAGUGUCGGGUGCCCAGUGAUCCCAUCCUGCUGGCCUCAUACGAACUCUACAAACCCUCAUUGCAAACCCAGGGUCUGUAUAGCGAGCGGAAUCGUGAAAUUUUUUCCGAGGCCUUCAUCGAAGGCGAACUGGACACAUUGGAAAAUCUGUGCGUCAAGAGCCUGGCCAAGCAGGGCAUUCGAGGCAUUUCACCCGCUCUUGUCGAGAAACCAGAACUGAUGAGGGUCUUCUUCGACGCUUUGGAUGUGGAGCUUCCUCUACGGGAAUGUUAUUUGAUCGAUGAUCUACGGUAUUGGCGACGCGUGGUGUUAACCAAAACACUGGACAAGACGCUGCACCUGAAACGCUGGAACGAGUUCGAUUGGAAGUCAGAGGGCGUGAGCCGGAAGCUUGUGGAACUGGUGGAAAACUGUCCGGUGAGCGUCAUACCAGAAAAGAACCUUGCCGCCGUGGCGCAAACUGUGUGGGAGCAAGUGAGCUCCAUACACAUCCGCAGGCUGCAAGCUUUGCCCGAUAGCUCGUUUCAGAAACACUUUGAAAGUGAGCCCGACCAGGACAUAACCUCCUCGACCUCGGAAGAGGAGGAAAUCUCCAGCGACGAGCCCGAUACGGACAUGGGCGAGGAUGAGGGCGAAGAGGAGGAUUAUUAUAAAUCCGAUAUCGGAAUUCAGUUCUGGCACAAGUCUGAAGGUGAUGUAGAGAACAAUGAGCAACGAAUUGCCCGACAUCAGCGCAAUGCCAUCCGGCAGCAGGCUCGCAACGUCCUGCAAAAGAAGCGAGCAGAGCAUCUGGAGCGCAAGGAGAAGCUUCGGGCGAAGCGAGAGGCCAGGAAAGUCAAGGAAGUCAAGAAGAAACAAAUUAAGAAAAAGGAGAAGCCUAUUCAGGAUGUGUUUACUAUACCAGUGGACCGGGAGCCUUCGGAUGAUGAGGAUACGAAACCCGAUAUGCGCAAUAAGCAGCUUUUACUGCAUCGCAUUAUGCGCUACGAUUAUCCGGAACAACAUUGCCACCACAUCGAUCUGUCCUUUGUCCGUCACUUAGGGAAUUUGGUCUCGUUCACCUUGGAGUUCUUGGGUCCGGAUAAUGUCAAGGACUUUCACUGCCGCUACUUGAAGUUCUCAGAUAGCGAUAUAGUACGCCUGGGUAAGGGACUGGCCGAAUUGGUACACCUGAAAACCUUUAGGCUAAGGAACGCGCACAUGGACCCCAGGAAAUUGCGCAUUUUGGCCCGCACCCUGAAGAACAUGGAAACCCUGGAGGAGGUGGACUUCGGCUAUAACCAAAUGCCAGAUGAAUGCAGCGAUGCCCUGGCCUAUCUACUGCAACGACCCAGAAUGUAUCGCAUCCUUCAGUUGGAAUACAAUCGUUUGGGUCCCAAAACGGCCCUAAUAUUGGGCAAGGCCUUGAACGAUGAACAUGUUGGGGUGCUGGAAUACCUGGGCCUGGCUCACAACCCAAUCAACGAGCAGGCCAUAGAGUCUUUCGUUUCGGAGUUGAUCGGCACACGGCAUGUGCUGGCCUUGAAUAUCUCCGGACUGGAAAAUACCAGGGGCGUAUUGGGUCGUGGAAUUGCGAAGCUACUGCGAAGACACAAGCCGCUAAUAAGCCUGGAAAUGGCUGCAAACCAUAUCGGAGCUAUUCAGGGAGACUUUAUACUGAAAAGUCUAGAGCGCAACCAAAGGGUCCUCUAUAUGGACUGCCGCGAGUGUGACUUGAGCGAUUUGCAAGAGUUCGAGGUGGAAAUGAUUGUGCGACGCAACAACUAUAUACACGAAAACAUGCAUCAUGGGGAAGCACUGUGCAAUGUCAUCAAAGAGCGGCGUCAUCCGAUCGUCCAGAGGAUUGAGGAUGAGUACGAGCGUCGCAUGGAGUGCAUCAAGGUGAGGCCAAAAUUAUCGAGCUCCAGCGAAGAGAGUGGCAUAUCGGAGGAGGUGGUGAAGGAGGAAGAUGAGGAGCGGGACAUAUGGGCAAUUCUGGGACUCAGAGCGCCGUCUCUGAAAGUGGAACAGCCAGAGACUCGAGAAGCAAGCACUGUUUCGCCAGAUAUUACACAACAACCGUUCGUCUACGAGCCCAAUAAUUUUGAUCUUGAGGAUUUCAGGCAAUCGGUUUACUUGCCAGGCCCCGGAAAUCGCUUUUCUACCUGCAGCAGAGCAGAAUGCCCUAAAUUCUAUACUUUUCCACCACAAAUAUUCACAUAAAAUUGUACUCUUAGUAUGUUAUUGCAGUAUUAAACGGUUCGCGUGGCCGCCAA